UGGAAGCUGUAAUACAGGCUGAGAAGAAACUAGCAGUGUUUGCUGAAAACCGUACUGUAUCUAAGAGAGUGUUGCCUGUAAGCCCGGGCUCUCAGCUGGGACAGCAUUGUGGGUUUUUAUUUUUAGUAGUCGUCGUUGUUCUACUUCUUCUUUCUCCCGAUUCUUCUCCUGCCCCAGCUCAGCACACGCCUCUUUGCGGGCUUUGGUGCGAGACCGUGUGUGACUUUGCUCAGUAGGAAAGGGCAGUCGGGCGGGCGCGUUCAUGUCUUUUAAUUCUGACAGAUAGCUGCAAUAAAUGGACACAAAGAAAGCGAUUUGAGACGCUGCAUACGCGGUGGCCCCUGCAGUCUCCCCUUCAGAUUUCGAGAAGCGCCGGGAUACCAGUGGAUAUACAUGGACGGAUCGCGUUUUCCACAGCAGGAAUGAAGCGCUUUCCCACCCCAUUUUUGGAAUCUUGGACGGAGGGAGGACGGAACGACAUAUGCAGGUGACAAAUAAAAGCGGAACCUAACUGCUUCGUCAGACAAAGACAUGCAAGCGGCAGGACAUCUGCACAAAGCGCAGGUGGAGCUGAUGAACAGGCGCAUUUGGGUUAUGCAAAUAUGGUUCCACCAUCGGACUUUUCUAUUUCACGAGAACGAAUAAAAGCACCGAUCAGUUUUCGGUGAUGCAUUUCAUUACACAUUAUUCAUGCAUGUUUUGCUCUUUUUUAUAAAAAAAAAACAAAAAAAAAAAACAUGCUUGGUGUGCCAGAAUAGCACCAAGUACUCCAAGCAUUUUGAUGGACUGCAGCCAAACAAUUAAACAUCCCUUUCUUCUGAAACCCAAUAUCAGUGCCAAUCCUUUAUUUAUUGUGUAGUCGAGGCCUUUUAUUUAUUGAUUGCACUCUACACGACCAUGCCAGACGACAAGUACGCAGCUCAAGCCCUCUACAUGGGCAUGGAGUUAGUGAUCGCAGUGUCCUCGGUGAUCGGAAACGUGAUGGUGAUCUGGGCGGUAAAAAUAAACAGGUCACUAAGAGACACAACUUUCUGGUUCAUUGUGUCUCUGGCUGUUGCCGACAUCGCGGUGGGAGCUCUCGUUAUCCCGCUGGCCAUCACUAUCAGUAUCGGACUCCAGACGCACUUCUACAGCUGCUUGCUGGUGGCAUGCACAGUGCUGGUGCUCACUGAGAGCUCCGUCCUCGCCCUGCUCGCUAUCGCCAUUGACCGAUACCUCAGGGUGAAGAUCCCGACCAGCUACAAACGAGUGGUCACUCCAAGACGGGUGGGAUUGGCAGUGGUUGCAUGCUGGGCAAUAGCCUUCAUAGUUGGCAUGACACCGAUGCUCGGCUGGAACAAGUUACACGAACUCCAGCAACAAAAUGGCUCACUCAGCAGUGAUCUCAUCAUAACUUGCAAAUUUGAGAACGUCAUCAGCAUGGAAUACAUGGUUUACUUAAAUUUUUUCAGCUGGGUGCUGCCUCCUCUGCUCCUUAUGCUGGCCAUCUACAUAGAAAUUUUCUACAUGAUUCACAAGCAAUUGAACAAGAAGGUUGGCACAAGUAACACUGACCCAAACAAGUACUACAACAAAGAAUUAAAGCUGGCAAAGUCACUUGCUCUUGUCCUCUUCUUGUUUGCUAUAAGCUGGCUCCCGCUACAUAUCCUAAACUGCAUCACACUCUUCUGUUCCAAGUGUGAGAAUCCCCCAUGGCUCCUCUACACUGCAAUCUUACUCACUCAUGGCAACUCAGCGGUAAACCCUAUCGUAUAUGCUUUCCGCAUUAAAAAAUUUCGUAUCACAUUUCAAAGGAUAUGGAAGCAGUACUUUUGCUGUAAGGAGGCUCCUCCUAUGGAAAUGCAAAUGAGUGAGCGAGUAGAUAAGGAUAUUAACAUUCAUGCGCCUGCAUUACCAGUGGAACAGAAUAACAUUUAAAUGGAACAUCAGGUACCUGCUGAGCUAGGAUCUGCCACAUAUGAAUGUAAUAUGAAUGCAAAUCAUAUACUGAUUGCAGGUCUCAGAGUAUGCGCACAUUCUGCAAUUAAAUAUCAAAAAAUAUUAUCUGGAUGUUGAGUCAUGUCAACUGGAUGUCCAAGGAAGAAGCUAAUUAGAUGUUAAGUUGACAGAUGAAUAAUGACAUGUAUCUUCUUAACAAGAAGGAAAGUCUCGUUGACAUAACUCAACUUUCAGAUAACCUCACCUGGAUUACUGAGAAUCUUCACAGAUAUUAAACAAUAUUGUGCCAAUGGUAUGAACACAGAGGAGGGAAAUAUUAUUUCAGUGGGUAUAUUUACAGUGGGUAGUGAGAGGGGUGGGGGUGGUGUUGUUGUGCUGUACAGGAAGUCAAAAAUAUUUUAUAAUUGUAAAAAUGUUUACUGGGUAAUUGAAGGCAUGCAAAGUCAAACCACAAGGAAAGUAUCACAGGCAUUGAAAAAAAGGAAAAUAUAGAAUUCAUUUUGUUAUCCAAAUUGUGCAAUACACUUGGUACCAAAAAUGGUGCAUCAUCUCUUUAUUAUUCAGAAUUAGCAUUUAUCUAAAUACAAUUAUAUACAUGUAUGAAUACAUGUGAAUGUUUACAGAAAAAUGCAGUUUGAUAUAAUGAACACUGAAGCACAGGCAUCAUGAGAGAAUGUUAGAAAUGAUAAGGAAAAAUGAAAUUGUAUAUACAUAUAUUUUAAUGUCAAUUUAUUUAUAUAACCUUUUUUAGCACUAGUAAUAGUCACAAAGCAAGACUACAGAAAUCCUAAAGUAGGCCUAAGGCCAAAAUGGCAUUUACAAGGAAAGCACCCCUAAACAAUGAAAAAUCCACUUCACACAAGACAUGACAUGGCAUGUGCAGCAAGCCACAAUGCUUUUUAAUUCACACUUGGCACAGUUUCUGCAGCUGACCAGUAGGUGAAAUUCUCUCCACUGAUAAUUCGAUAUUUCAUGUAUCUUUCUGUAGUGAUCAUGAGAUUAUUAUGAAUAAGCAUUACCACUGUAUAAUAUAUAAUUUAUUAGCCCAAUGACAUUUUAAGGUUUAAAAAAGGCUUAAACUGAGGCAUACUUUAAUCUGCAAACUGGAACCUGAACAAGUCCACUAACAUUUAGUGAUGCACUGAUAUUUACUGGACAGCAACAAUAUGAAAUAAUUAAAAACCAUUAUUGAUAGCUUGAUUGUGCGAUUUUACAUGUAUUUAUUUUUUUCUCGCUAUUAUAUGAGACAAAAAAAUGUAUUCCAAUGCAUAAUUUUGACUCUGACUGUCAAACUGAAACAAACUCUUGCAUAAUGGCUUAAAAAUAGAUCUACACAAAAGAGAACCAUAGCUUUUUUUUUCUUCCCCUGUAGCAUUUGUCUCUGCUGAGUUAAGCCUACCAGCAUCAUUUUAAUUAAAAGAAACUAUAUUAUGUAAACACUAGAGCAAAUCCCUUUAUGGUUCAAUUUUAAUCACAUAAAUAUUUAGUAUUUAAAUGUAUUAAAAAAUUAAUAGCAGAUAAAAUGUGUUUGUAUAGCAUAAACACAAGAAAAUUGAAACUGCAUUUCUUUUUUAAGUAAAAAAAAAAAAAUCAGAGAGCCAUAUAAAGAUUUUAUCAUCACUCAAUUUUUUAUUUUUUUUUACCACAAAAUGUGCUAAUUUACUCAAAUCCAAAUUGGUUUUCUAUUCACUUUAUAUCAUGUAAAAACUUAAUGGUAUUGUAGUGCACUAAGCUUAUAGGCCAUGUGAAAUUCAGUUACAGAAAAAGUAACCAGCUACGCUCUGUAGGACAUAAAACAUACAUGUACUAUACAAAAUCAAAUCCGUUCUUGACAAUUUAAGUGUAAAGCAAACUAGAGAGAAAGAUAUUUGGAUCAUGCAUUCCCAUUCUAUGCUUUAUUACUUUUAUUUGAAAAUCAUAAUUGUACUAUUGCAGGGAUAAUUUUUUGUGCAGUAAUGAAGCCAAUUAAACUAAAAUGGGAAACCAGAACAACACACACACUCUGUUUCUUCACUAACUUGUGGUCUCAUGGCAUGUUAUUUAUUGAAAAGUAGUGUUAUAAUUAGCAUAUGUGAUAAGGCUGAUAAGGCUUACAUGGAAUAGGGGCAGAUUGCAAGGAC